AGUCACAUUAUGUGGGGACCAUCUAAAACAGCCGCAAAUGCAAAUGUUUUCAUUUCUUUCCCGGCUUAUUAAAAAUAAAUAUAAUAAUGAACAAGGACAAUUCCAGCAUGAAGAUGGAUCCCCAGCUGGCCCUGCGCCUUCUGGCCGACGGCGGAGUCCUGGCGAUCGCCGGUGUCCCAGAGGGCACGGAAUUCGGCAUUGAUUUGUGCGCCUACACCAUUGGUCCGGAUUUUCGUGGCGUAAAGAUGAUUCCGCCGGGAGUCCACUACGUUUGGUGCUCAUCCCGUGGUCCCUAUGGUGAUGCAGCUCCUCGCGUAGGCUUCGUGCACUUCUUUCACCCCAAUGAGAUCGUCGUUCGCGAGUGGGACCAUGAACUAGAGGAGCUACGCCCGCGACGGAUUGCAGAGCCGGAGGUGGAACGCGACCGCAUUCGGAAGAACCUGGCCCAAUUGGAAAAGGUGCUCGCGCCCUAUGAUUACCGCUAUGUGGUCCAAUGGAAGGAGCUCACUGGCAGCGUAACACAGUCUUGCAUGGAGCGCUGUCGACCGUCCGAAGGAACGAUACGCACCAACAUCGAACUGCAAUCGUGCCCGGAUGCAGAGCGUCCGAGAGGAGGAGCUGGCUCCAGCAGUACUAGCCGGCGGAAUGCUGCUGCCCGGUUGCUAUUAGAUGAAAGCGAGCUUCUACCGGACUUAAAACCCGUGGAAGGAACAGCUCCACGCUUUUGUUCUAUACCCCUUCGUGUUCCACAGGAUGCCCCGCCCGCCGAUGUUUCUCGACAUGCCAUGGACUGCAUAGAAGCUGUAGACAAGUUGCUUGAAAGCUUUGAUUCUGCCGAUGGACUUAUAGAAGAAUUGCAGCUGUCAUACGUAUUUUUCCUUGUCGGCUACUCUGUGGAAUCACUUGCCCACUGGCGUAAGCUCCUCGGCUUGCUGGCACAUUCGGAAACUGCGGUGACCAAACACAAACUAAUUUACAUGAAGUACAGCGAGGUGCUAGCCCACCAACUUCCUCAUUUGCCCGAAGAACUAAUGGUGCCUGGUCCCUUCAACACUGUGUACAAAGAUGUGCGCGAACUGUUGGUCAACCUGCAUGCGGGCGGGUUAAGUGUGAGUGCCGAACGGUUGAGCAAGCGGUUGGAGAAAAAACUAGGAUGGGUCUUUGAUGGCCUCCUCGACGAAGACCCCGAGGACCAGCCCGUAGUUAUAGAACUUCCAGAAGGCAUAGAGAACACCUCUUAGAGCAUAAUUUCUGUAAAUCAUAUUCAUAUAUACUUGUAAUACAAUGGACUGAAAUGAUA